CGCUCAGCACCAGGGAGGGCUGUUUGUUUGUUGGUACCACUGCACAGCACUCACAAAUACCCACACCAGGUCUCCUUGCCACAAAGAGAGCGCCCGGCCCGCAGACACUCACUCACGCACACUCGCACACACAGAGCUGCACAGGUGUCUCUCUGUAACACACACACACACACCGACAUGGUGGCUGGCCUUGCAGAGCGGUGGAAAGGAUGUGUGUGUGUGUGUGCCUUCCCUUGUCGUGUGGUGUGGUGUGUGCCUCGGCCUUUUCUACGUGGGCGGACGUGCUCGUGUGUAUGUCAGACGUGACACGCAUCAGCCAGACCGAACAAACCAACCAACAAACAGCGGUCCAAACAGAACCAGGGGAAAAAGGGCCUCGAUUAUCUCUCUUGGGGCGAGGCAAAGGAAAGGCACUCACACACACUCACACACACACACACGGACGCACACACGCAUCCAUUCCAUUCAAUCACACACACAACCAUCCCUGCCAUGCAUGUGGCUCCCUCGCUCUCCCUCUCCCUUGUCUGUCUAUGGUGUGUAUCGAUGCAGUAAGUCAGGUGCGGAAGAGCCGCAUCUGGGGCGGCGUGCCGCCCUCACCCUGCUCUACUACAUCCCCUCCUUCUUUGUCCCCCCAGCUGUCCACGGGCUUGUCCUCCUCCCCCACCACCGGCAGCCGCUGCUUCUUGCUGGCCGCCCUCUUCUUCGCCCCACUACUGCCGCUGCCACCCCGAUUGGCCGCCACACCCCCUCCCCUGCCCCCGCUCCGCUGGCGGAGCCUCUUCAGGCGACUCACAGACACAGACACCGCCUCCUUCUUGGGGGUGCCCUCGUUGUCGCUUCGCGUGUUGGGCGGGGCCACCGUUGUGUUGCCCUCGUUGUCCGCUGGUGUAAGCGGGGGCGUGCCUGACUCGCUCUCGCUGGCGCCCUUGCCCUUGCCCUUGCCCUUGGCACCCGCCUUGAUGUGCUCCUCGUCUGAGCCGCUCUGCUGCAUGUCGACGUCCAUGUCAACGGGGCCGUUGUGGCCGCCGUCCGCCCCCUCCUCGGGCAGCCCGAACAGCUUGCCCUUGAAGUUGGCGAACAGACUGGCAAACGGGUCGUCUGCAGGUGGAGUGUCGUCAACCGCACCACUGGUGCUGCCGCUGCUGCCGCUGCCGGCCAGCGCCUCCCCUCCCGCCUCACUCUCAAGCCGUGACACGCCACGCUUGGAGCGACACACGCGGGAGGGGCAGGAGGGAGCGGACGGCAGGGGUGUCUUCUUGAUGGGGUUGCGUGCGUGGGAAUUCUUCUUGGUGCGAUUCUUCUUGCGGCGGGGUGAAGGGGGCUGUGGGGCGUCGGGGAGGUUGCGAGCCGGGACGGUGCGGGGGUUGGGAGGUGACUGCAUGGACGCAGAGAAAGAGGGGACCGAGUGCAUGUGUGUGUGGCGGAUGUUGUCUUAUAAAGUAGAGGUAGAGGGGGGGAGGGGGAGGGGGAGGGGGGUGGCUGCUUACGGCGAGUUCCUUCAUCAUGUCCCAGAAGAGUUCGUCUCCCAUGGGGUCGAUCACCGUCUGAAACAUCCCCGCCAACGUCUCCAACUCCUGCACACAGUAGGCAGCGGAGGCAGAACACACGCACACACACACACACACACACGAGACACGGAUGCUAUGUGGGUUUAUGUGGUGUGGUUUGGUUUGGUGGGGUACUGCGUGGUGUCGGACCUGUGUGAGUUUCUUGAUGUCAGGCAUCUGGAUGAACUGGACGUAGCGCUUCUGCAGCUCGCCACUCUUGGACCUGCACCAACACCACACACACACACACACAGAGAGAGAGAGAGAGAGACAUAGAGACGUACAAACGGUGUCAUGUCAUGACAGAGCUGGUCGGUCGAGAGAAAGGUCUCUCCUCUCUCUCCCGCCCUCCCUCUCUCUCUCUCACACUUGCACGUAGUCUUCGAGUGCGGACAUGUCAGUGGGGCUGUCGCCGAUCGUGACGCACAUACCCAGGUCCAUGUCCUCAGAGUACUUGUCUAACUCGUCGCGAAAGGUGUGCACCUGCACACACCAACCACACACACACACAGAGACCCCCCAGCCAUGGGAUGUGCGCUGGUGUGGUGGGAGGGUGGGUGAGUUGGCGGACGGACCUUCCACACGAGUGAGCCGCCGCUCUCUGUUGGGUACUGGUGCUCAUAUCGCUCGCGGGCCGAUGUCGCCUCCACCUGGUGGCUGUCCAUCAGCGCCUUGAGCCGAGGCAUCACGCCUGACGACAUCCUAUCACCCAACACACACACACGGAGAGAGAGUGUAUGUGUCUGUCUGUGCGUCCGUGUGUGUGGUGACUCGACGUGGCCAUGAUGGCUUAUGGCUUACUUGAACCAGAACAUCUCGGCGUUGGUCACUAUUAUCACGGGCCCAGCCCUGAGGGCACCCUCCAUGGCGCGCACCGCGGCACUCUCCAACUCCUCCAACUCCAUCCAUCCAUCCGUCCAUCCGUCCAUCCGUCCAUCCGUCCAUCCGUCCAUCCGUCCGUCCGUCCGUCCGUCCGUCCGUCCGUCCGUCCGUCCACACACACACCCAGAACAGCCAGCUAUACAUUCACCGCCUGCAAUGGCCGGCAAUGCAUGGCCACCUAUGGCCGCAGUGGUCACACCAACGUACCUACCUACCAGUUUGCCCUUCUUGCCCGUCCGCAGGCGAUCCAGCCGCUUCUGCACUUGUUUGAUCUCCAUCGACUGGCCAUUCUUGGUCACCUCGUAAGUGCUGAACAGCGUGUCAUCCUGCAACCGUCCACACACGCGCAGGCAUUUGAGGCAUUUACGAGGUAGAUGCAUCCUUCCGCCGGUGUGCAUGGCUGCCUUUCUCACCCAAUCGAACACGGUCACGGUGCGGAGGGCUCGUGCUGCGCCUGGGCCGUCGUCGGGGAAGUGCUGCGGCCCCUCAUGGCCGCUCCGCUCUGCAAUGAUGGAGGACGACAUCGAUAUGUGGUCGAUGCUAUGCUGCAGGGUCAAUGGGCCGACUCAGUCAACGCAUGCGAUGGACGGGUGGACUACAAAGCCUUUAGGAACCUCAAAAUGGCUGCCAUUU